GGCCUAUGGCUGUUUAGUCGAAUAGGUAUAUCAUACGUACUAAUUACACUCCUUCCUACCUCGGGGUUUACCUAUCAAAAGAAUCAUUUUUACCUAGAAGUAGAAUGCAACUCCGUACUUACCUACCCCACAGUUAAAUGUGUCAGCCAAAUGUGCCACUUACCCUACCUAGGUAUAUCAGCUGAUUAUAAAGUCCUUCCCAAAGAACACAGAUAACCCCGCGCCCAUCCAAACCACCCCCAGCCCCAAACUGUUCAACUCAUCCCGUGUGCGUAUAGUGACAUUAGCACGAAUGGAGUCCCAAGCCACGCAAAAGCCGGCGGACAUACACGACCUGGAGGCCAAGUUUCAGCGUCUUUCGUUCGCUAAUCUUGGGGAGGGCCCGCAUCGCGAUAUCCUCACCCGGGCCAUUAGAAACGUGCUAUCGACCGACAUUGCGGAGAUCACUUUAGCGCAGAUUGUUGACGGGCUACCCCUAUCCGAGGUUGAGAGAGACGCCUACACUGGUAGCGGCUAUCUGUGUGGGGAUCACCCUCUACACAAGACGCAUAAGCAGCUCUGUCCUGGGGCCCUGGAGAAAGCCCGACAGCUCUAUGCUGACUUCGACGUUGAUUCGCUCCAGAUUAGCUCCAAGCUUCUUCACGAAUACAAGAUUUCUUCCCCGGGCUCGAGGGCAUUCCAGACGAGGCUCAUCGAGCUAGCUGCGGUGUCGAUCCACCAAAUUGCCGUCCAGCUGUAUAAGCUGGGCACCAGCUUCCACAAGGACGACGGCAUUGCUACCUGGGAGCCACAAAAGGAUCAUUUCUUAUUCUGGCAUUAUAACCCCGACGGGGCGCCGCCUACGCUGUUCCAGCACAGGCAAUACCGCUACUACGACCAAUAUCCUGACGGAGUUGCCGACGGCGUCGGGUACUGGGCCGAAUCCCGCAUUUUUGGAGGCGUUGUGUUAUUUGACAGGCGCGAACCCGGUUCCGCCGAUGACGUUGACCCCGAAGCCGUGUACUUGCACCCAGAGCGGAAAUUCUCGACUUACCGCAUCUACCGGCUUCUCGACAGCCAGAAGCGAAAGCUCUCGCAAUUUCUGCUCUCGGAAGCUCCCCUCCCUGGAACUUCCCCCCUGCCCAUUUUCGGGGACAAAAAUAAUCGCUGGAGGGUCGACCCGGAGGAGCCAGUCGAGACGACGGGCAUAUACCGGGAUCUGUGGGAGCGGAAGCCGCUGGGGAAAGACGACCCGGAUCUCCGGCUCCGAGACGUGAUAGACACGAUAGACUACCCCGCCGAAGAUGAUCUACGCCAGGCACAGGAACGCGCCGCAAUUAGGAGGGAAAGGAAUUGGCUUGAAGAAUGUAACCGCCAAUGAGCUAUUAAUAUCAUAUGCUGUUUAGGAGAGGAUCGACCUCGGGCCAAGGUCCUGGGGUUUGAGAAUAGAUGUAACCCCUAACAAGCAGCAAAUAAUAC